AUGGUGAAAAAGCCUUAUACUGGAUUAUAUAUCCUGAGGUAGCAGAGAGGCAGUACACCAUGCACUUUGUUUUCUGCCAUUAUGGCACACCUGCACUCCAGCUGCUAUUCCAUCCUGCCACCCUACCUGGCCUCCCUCUUAGCCCCAAUAAAUAUCAAAAUGAGACUUCCUGCUCUUUUGGGGGAAGUGACAAAGGCCUUCAAGGAAGGAAUUAAUAAUGAGAUGAAGUGGGGAGUCAGGGCAUAAUAACAUAAUUAUUAAUUAAAAAUAUUGAGUGCACAUAGUCCUUGGCUGACAACUGCAAUUGGAACCAGAAUAUCUAUUACUAAGCAAAGUGGUUGUUAAGUGAAUUUUGCUUGCUUUUAUGACCUUUUUUGUCAUGGUUGUUAAGCAAAUCACUACAAUUAUUAAGCGAAUCAUAGGUUAUUAAACAAACAAAGCUUCUCCCGUUGACUCUGCUUGUUGGAAGCUGGCCGGGAAGGUGGCAGAUGGUGAUCUUAUGACCCUGAGACAUUGCAACUGUCGUAAAAUGCAUGUUGGUUGCCAAGCACCAGAAUUUUAAUUAUGGUGACAGUGAGAUGGUCAUAAAUGCAAGGAUUGGUUGUGAGUCACUUUUUUCAGUGCUGUUGUAACUUCAAACAGUUACUAAAUGAAUGGUUGUAAGGCAAGAGCUACAGUACCUGUACUGUGUGCCUUUCAUUUAAAAGAAAAUUUUAUUCCAUAAAGUCUUAGAACUUUUUCUAAGGAAGGCUGAGGGUUUUUUUACUCAUUUACAAGUGUAUUUCAGAAAAGAAAAACAGAAUACAGUUCAAGGAAAUCCUUUGCCAGGGAUUUAGUAUACUGCUACUCCAUGUCUAAUCUGUUCCAUCAAGUGAGGGCCAGAAUUGACAUUAUUUCAAUAGCAUGUUUUAAUACAGUAUUUGGCAGGCACAGCUGAUUUCACUCCAGAUCAUGAUCCUGUUCUAAAAGAGAAAAAGUUAACUCUUUCCUCUGCUGAAAAUCCCCUCUUAGGUUAUUGCAGAACAAGACAACCUAGUCAGCAAUUAAAAGCACUUAAAAAUGACUUGAUGUGAAUAUAACUAUUUACUAAUGUUACUUAAACUAAAAGUAAUUUUUUGUAGGUUGGAUUCUUAUAUUUUAUAUUAGAGAUAUUAUACUUUACACUAUUACAUUCCAUUCAGUGUAAUACUCAUUCUAUUCUAAUAAAGAAACCCACAAGUUGAGCUCAGCUUCUUAUCUGCAGUACAUAAUAGGAAAAACUUUACCUAUCAAGUUUCUGUUAAGUGUCUGUUAAAGCCUUACUAGAAAAAACUCCAAUAUUAAAAUGAGUGGUUUCAUGUAUCAGUGUUGAAACAGGGUCAGUGGCUGGCAGCAUUUCUUUGAAGUGUAUAGUUUGAAGCAGGUGGUGAUCUGCAGUCUCACUAUUUCUGUGAUAUGUCAAAGCAUUCCCAUCCUCUCUUUCUCACAUACAUCUUGUGUCUCCUGUAAAUUGCUUUCAGAAAAAGACCAAUGAUCAGGUUCAUUACAUUUUCCAAAAAUUCUUCUGAUAUAUAGUUUCUUCCUCUUAUCAGAAACCUGAAAACAUUGUUCACUUUCUCUCUCUUUCCGUUCUCUAGGUGAAAACAAGGUCAGAAUGAUUAUAAAGUACCAAGAAAUAAAACCUAUUGAUUAUUCUGAAAGCAGAGGCUGCUUUUGAAGUAUCAUGGAUGGUUUGGCUUUAAUUUUUGCAGUGAGCACAGAAUGCUCCAAAUGUCACUUCCCAGCUGUAUUUAUGAAUAUAUUCGGAGUAGAAAAUAUAUAAAUUGUAUCAUGUAUGCGUGCAUGAAUAUGUUACUUCCUCCCAUUGCUUCUUUUUUUGCCCUGAAUACAGGCUUGUUGAUGAAUAUUAAUGCUGAUGUUAAGAUUAAUGUCUUUUAUUCUAUUAUUGGCACAUCGUACUGUAUGUUACAGAAAGAAUGUGUCCAUAAACAUGGAUGCUGCCAACAAGGUUUUUAAGACCCCGGACUAGAAACUGGGAGACUAUCACUUCUAGUUCUACCCUAGGCAAAAAGCCAGCUAGGUGACCUUGGGUCAGUGAUUCUCUCCUAGCCCUAUGAAGAAGACAGUGCCAGAAAACUUGCCAAGAACACUACAGGGACUUGUCCAGGCAGUUUUUAGGAGUCAAAACUGAUGGACGGGCAAAAGGAAGGAAAUAGCUUUGUCUUUCAUUUGUAAUUUAGCCAGUUUUUAUCAUUUCUUGCUAUGUUUUAAUAAACAAAAGGACAAAUACGUCUUGAUUACUACGGUAAGCAAGCUGCAAGUAUUUGAGACCUAAAGUUACAUGUAUUUCCUUUGCCCCAUUCACAAAAUCCAAGAUAAUGUGGGUAUAUGGAAGGAUUGAAUAGUUCCUAUUUCUUCUGUUCCUCCCAUAAGGUCAAAAGGAGGGAAAGAGAAAAACAAACAAACUGCAUAACUGCCUUUAGAAGCUAUUCCUCUGGAAGCAUUCCUUAGCUGCAAAACAGUAUUCCAGAGGAGGCAGGGAAGAAUUUACUUUCCCUUCUAAGUUACUCUCCAUUUCUCAUUGUUCUUCAAUAUUUUUUCUCCUCAAGAAAGUGAUUGGACCCUUUCUCUUCACAGAAUAGAUUAAGGGCAAUGUUCUUUAUUGCUGGUUUCAUCUAAAACCCUCCCACUACUAUUCCAGCUUUUUUAUUACCACAAAAAUCUGUUUAGCAAGAAGAAUGUAGAUAUUGUACUGUAUUUUUUUUCUUUACUAUUGCUAAGAAUGGUUGUGCUAUCAAUCAGAAUAAUCUGUAAAUGGCAAAAGAUCCCUCUCUGGUUAUAGCUGGCUCCUUGCAAACCUUAGUGCUGUGUCCUGUUCUGGGUACUGAACACUUAGUGUGUUUUGCAAGACUUGUUCCCCUUCUCCCUCACCCCGAUGCUCCUCUCCUGAUGCGACCUUUCGCAGAAAUGCCACCUUUGUUGUGAUAAUUCAUGGUGACAGCAAGGCAACUCACCCGUCGUACCACCAGCAGCAUCUCUCCUGGCCGGCGCCCCGUCACCGGUGCUCCACGACGAAGCGCAUGGUGGUACCGUCGAAGGACGGAGGCGCGAUGAUCCGGGGUCCCAGCGGCUGCGAGAUCUAUGAGACACCUUGCUCCAGUUCAACCUUCCAUCGUAAAAUGAAUAAUCUGGCUACCUGUCUUAUUUCAUCCGGUGGUUUUUGUAAUCUUUUCCCGCAUCUGCUGUAUAAAUAACAAUCCUAACUGAAUGGCUAUGAAUCGAAUGUGAUAAAUAAACAUGGCUAGCCUGGCUUCCCAUCUUCCUCCCCUGCCUUCUGCUCUCCUCCCCUUUGCAGCAGGCAGGUAAGUGGCUACUGCUGCUGCAUGGAAGGAGUGAGGGAUUGCAAAGAUGGCUAGGAAACUCUCACAACAUGUUGAAAAUGAGGAUCAUAUGACUGGAACAGCCUGGCAGCUGAAGCAGCCACAAUAUUCCUUCAAGAGACAUGGGCCCCAUUUUGGAAGCAUUCUAUGUGCACAUAGACCUCCAGAAUUCUCUGCAAUGCCACAUAUCUGAAAUUGGCCAACAAUGAUUGCUAAUAUUUCCCUUUAUCUUAUUAUCCUAUCCUUUCCCUGACGAAUGCAGGAUAAUUUGUAUGGAUCUCCACCUAUCUUUUUACCUCACGACAUUUCUAUAAAAGGUUCAACAACUGUGUCAGGCCUAAUGCUAUGAUCCUCUGUACCCGAGGAUCAUUUUCAUAGAAACAUCAGUUGGAGAUGGAGGGAAAAAGAAAACCGAUAAGAAGUGCCAAGUAAUAGACAAGCACGAAUUGUAGCUUUUAAUAUUCCUAUAUGGAUGUUCCAGUUUGCUGUUUGAAUUGGCAAAGUCAGCAGAAUCUAGUGCCAUCUCUGAAGCCAGCUGAUGUAGCAUGUAAGCAACAGCCAACAGCAACCCUGAUACAGUCUGACUGGUUAUUUUGGUCUUCCAGGAAAAAAAAAUGGAGUGUGUGUGUGUGUAUUUGGAGAGAAGCAAAUCUAACAAAAUUUUGGUACUUUGAAAAGCAGCUGCGACAACUGUGGUGGAUGGGCAUAGUGGAGAUGGAAGACAGAAGGAGGAUGAGCUACCGGCACGUUCAUGGCCAAGCAGAAGAGGAGCUCCAGAACUUAGAGUGGUAUCAUGACAAUCUCACACGUCAUGCAGCAGAGGCUCUUCUACUUUCCAAUGGCAGUGAUGGAAGCUAUCUCCUAAGAAAAAGCAAUGGCAGGACUACUCUUUUUUCGCUUUCUGUAAGAGCAAAAGAUUCCGUAAAGCACUUUCAUGUGGAAUACACAGGGAAUUCAUACAAGUUUGGCUUCAACGAAUUUUCCAACUUGAAAGACCUGAUCAUGCAUUUUGCAAAUCAGCCUUUAAUAGGUAGCGAGACAGGGACUUUGAUUGUAUUGAAGCAUCCAUAUCCCAAGAAAGUAGAAGAGCCUUCCAUUUAUGAAUCUGUGCGAGUCCACACGGCUAUGCAGACAGGAAGAACAGAAAUUGACCUCAUUCCCAGCGCUCCAUCGUUAGGGACCAAAGAAGGUUAUCUAACAAAGCAAGGCAAAAUAGUUAAGAACUGGAAAACUAGGUGGUUUACACUGCAUAGGAAUGAGCUGAAAUACUACAAAGAUCAGACGUCCACAGAGCCAAUCAGAGCACUUGAUUUAACUGAAUGCUCAGCUGUGCAGUUUGACUAUUCCCAAGAAAAAGUGAAUUGCUUUUGUUUAGUAUUUCCAAUGCGGACGUAUUACCUGUAUGCAAAGACUGGAGUAGAAGCCGAUGAGUGGAUUAAAAUAUUGCAGUGGAAACUGUCCCAGAUAAGGAAAAAACGCCAGCGUGACACCACACUCAGGCCAUAGUAAUUUUGGCUAGAAAUACUGACUGUCCAGAAACCAACAUUGGUUCCUAUUCAUCCUCCUUCAGAUUCGUUAUUCAACAUUAAGAAGUGCUACACCAAAUCAGAUCAGAGUUUUUAAGCUCUGCAGCUGCCGGCUUGCUGACAACUUAUUUCUAGGGAAUUCCUGAACACUGUUAAAGCAGAAGACGAUUACCUUGGAAGAUGAAUAUUCAACUAUUCAACAUUUCAUUAGUCUGGAUACGCCUAGUAGUUACUGUUUCCUGCCAGAUUUUCCCUAGUUCUUAUGCAAGCAGUUUCAAACCUGAACUAGUUGCAAACCCACUCAUCCCUGGCUGCCAUUCCAUAUGCUUCAAACCAUUUACACUCUGGUCUAUUAAGACACAUUACCUGCACAGAGUUUUUUUAAAAAUAGUUUUCAUUUCACCUGAGGCUUUGACUGGUGUUAAGAAUCGUCUUCAAAAUCAUUUUCUCAGAACUUCUGUAAUUUUGACUUCCCUGAUGAGCAAUCAUUAUAGAUAAUUACUGCUAGUGGGACACAUUUCUAUGGGCAAGUAAGAUAUUUUUUUUUAUAUUGGGAGUACAGGUGGCCCUCGAUUUACAAAGAUUCGUUCAAAGUUAAAAUGGAAAACGUGACUUAUGACUGGCUCUCACACUUACAAUCGUUGCAUCCCCGUCCCUGUUGUCCGGUGAUCAAAAUUUCGGCGCUUGGCAACUGGCAUGUAGUUAUGACAGCUGCAUUGUCCCAGGGUCAUGUGAUCACAAUUUGUAACCUUCCAAGCUGGCUUCUGACAAGCAAAGGUAACGGGGGAAGCUGGAGUCACUUAACAAUCACAUGGUUCACUUAACAGCCACAGUGGUUCGCUUAACAACUGUGGCAAAAGAAGUUUGCAAAAUGUGGCGCAACUCACUUAACUGUUUUGCAUUGCAACAGAAAUGUUGGGCAUUGUGGUCAUAAGUAGAGAAGUACCUGUAUAAAUAGGAUGUUAUUUUAGAAGUCAGUUCCGGGUGGAAAAGCUGUUAGUACUGUGCUUUCUAAAGGCUGUGUCCAUGGCCCUCAUUCAUUAUUUACUGUAAGGUCUCAAAAUGCCACAAUGGAUAUUCUCCAUGCAGACAAAUCGAUGUAGCUGUUUUCCAACACACAGAGAAAUUGCACAUGUCUCAAGAUAUAUGUAGAUGGUAAGAUGUAGCUUCAGCUACACUGUUUAAAUAUAUUUGCCCUAUAGUAGAAACUGGUAUCUAUCGGAAGCUUUAUGCUGAAUGCAAAUCUGUGUUCUGAUCCUGGUUCAGCAAUACAUUUUCUGCAAAUAUUCAGCAUACUUAAGCAUAGUCAUGUGGGACUAUACCUCCUUUGCUAGAUCAUAAGAAGCCUGCAGAAUCAAAUCAUAAGUCUGCAUAGCAUUUUAUUACCUCCAGUUGUCAGCUAAUGUCCUUGGAAGGAUAAAAUUUUCUGUUAGUGUAUGCAUUUGACAUUGUGAUGUACUAUGCCACUAACUCAAACCUAUCCAAUAUAAUUUUAGGGGCCAGACAACUUGGGUUUAAAGUAAAGUAGUGCAACAAGAAAUAUAAUACCCCACCAUACAUAUUAGGGAACAAAUUGGCAUUCAUGUAGAAUUGCUAUUUAAUUUCCAUUAAUUGCUAUUUAGAAUUAAUACUGUUUAAGAGUUCCAAAAUAUAUCAGCCAACUAUGGCUCUCACUUUUGUUAACAUUUUCUUGUAUUUUUU